AUGAAAAGAAAACAUGAAGGAUGUGCUGUGGGGAUAGACCUUGGCACAACAUAUUCAUGUGUUGCAGUAUGGCAGGAAGAUCAUCAUCGAGUUGAGAUCAUUCACAAUGAUCAAGGCAAUAAAAUUACACCUUCUUUUGUUGCAUUCAUAGAAAAUCAGAGAUUGAUCGGUGAUGCUGCUAAGAAUCAAGCAUCUUCCAACCCUCAAAACACCGUCUUUGAUGCCAAGAGGUUAAUUGGUAGGAAGUUUAGUGAUCCUAUUGUUCAAGAAGAUAUUCUUUUAUGGCCAUUCAAGGUCAUUGCUGGUGACAAUGACAGACCCAUGAUUAUGGUUAAGUACAAGGAUCAAGAAAAGCAACUAUAUGCCGAAGAAGUAUCAUCUAUGGUACUCACCAAAAUGCGAGAGAUUGCCGAGACAUAUUUAGAAUCAGAAGUUAAAAAUGCAGUUGUUACUGUGCCGGCUUAUUUUAAUGAUUCUCAAGGAAAAGCAACUAUUGAUGCUGGUCUUAUUGCUGGCCUCAAUGUUAUGAGAGUAAUGAAUGAACCCACUGCCGCAGCCAUUGCAUAUGGCCUUGACAAGAGAACUGGUUGUGUUGGAGAACGGAAUAUUUUAGUGUUUGAUCUUGGUGGUGGCACUUUUGAUGUGUCGAUACUAACUAUUAAGGACAGCGUCUUCCAAGUUAAGGCCACAUCCGGAAACACUCACCUCAGUGGAGAGGACUUUGACAACAGAAUGGUGAACUACUUUGUACAAGAGUUCAAAAGAAAGAACAAAGUCGACAUUAGUGGCAAUUCAAGAGCUUUGACGAGGUUGAGAACUGCUUGUGAGAGGGCAAAAAGGUCACUUUCUUUCCUCGUUACCGCCAAAUUUGAGGAAAUGAAUAUGGACCUUUUUAAUGAUUGUAUGAAGAUUGUUGAAAGUUGUCUAAUGGAUGCUAAGAUGGACAAGAGCAGGAUAGAUGAUGUUGUCCUUGUUGGUGGAUCUUCUAGGAUUCCUAAAGUACAACAACUAUUACAGGAGUUUUUCAAUGGGAAGGAGUUGUGCAAAAGCAUUAAUCCUGAUGAGGCUGCGGCUUACGGGGCAGCUGUUCAGGCUGCGUUGUUGAGUGAAGGAGUUAUGACUGUUCCAAAGUUGGUGGUGCAGGAUGUUACACCUUUGUCUCUUGGCAAAUCUGUAAUAGGAGAUAUCAUGAGUGUGGUGAUUCCUAGGAACACUUGCGUUCCUGUCAAGAAGACAAAAUCAUAUUAUUCAACCGAAGAUAACCAAAGGAUUCAUAACAUUAAGGUUUAUGAGGGUGAGAGAACAAGAGCCAGUGACAACAAUUUGCUUGGUUCUUUUACUCUUUCGGGCAUUCCCCCAGCUCCUCGCGGCAGCAUUAUCUCAAAUGUUUGUUUUGGUAUUGAUGAAAAUGGUAUUUUGACCGUUUCAGCUAAUAAUAAUGUUUCAGGAGUUUCGAGCAUGAUUACAAUAACCAAUCACAGAGAUAGAUUGUCAAGUGAAGAAAUUAAAAAAUUAAUUCAAGAAGCUGAGAAUUACCAAAAUGAAGACAAGAAAUUCCUAAGGAAGGCCAAAGCGAUGAAUGCAUUGGAUUUCUACAUUUACAAAAUGAGAAAUGCCUUAAAGAAAGAGGAUAUUAAUCAAAAGCUCUCCUCUCAAGAAAUUGAAAUUAUCGAAUCUACAAUUGCUGUGAUUACAAAUUUGAUUGAUGAGAAUAACCAAGAGGUAGAAAUAGAUGUUUUGGAAGACCAUCUAAAGGGACUUAAGAGUACCAUGGAAGACAUUUUAGCUAAGACUAUUUAG